AGAUGGCGGCCACCAUAAAGGUGGGAAAUCAGAUGCUGAUGCAAAGAAGAAGAAAGGCAAGAAGAAAGAAGAAGCUCCACAGCUUCCGAUAAAGGAAAUCCCAAAGAAAGGUCUGAAGAACAUGUCCAGGAUGUUCAUGAAGUUUUCUGGCUUCAAGAGACGCAGGAACAGCAGGAAGAAGCUGAAAAGUACAUCACGUUUGUUCCUGGGGUUGGGGAAGAGAAAAACCCGCAUUGCUAAGAAGAAACGUCGCAAGUCCAUGCUGAAGAACACCUCUCGAUUCAUGAUGAGGUUUAAGGCCAGCAAGAAGAGGAAAAAGGAGAAGGAGGACAAAGCGAAGGAAAACGAUGGGAAGAAGCCAACUUAUAUGCUGCUCCGUCUGGGAGGGAAUGAUUCAAAUCAGAAGAAGGGGGGCUUCUUCAAAAACUUAUUUGGGAAAAAGAAUGGUGAAGGGCCUCCUGACGACUUCAAGAACAGAAGUGUGUUGCUGGGUAAGGCUGCAGCAGCAACCAACUGGCUGACCAAACGCUUCCUGUCCACUAAAAUGCGAGGAAAUGCAGGACACCACGGACAAAGCCGAUAUGCCAGCUCUGAAGGUCAUCUUCAUGGUUACCAAAACAAUGGUUAUGAGCAUGAGGAGGAUGGUUAUGAAUAUGACCGUCGACAUUCAGUCCACCAGAAAGGUUAUGGAGGCUAUGAUGAUGGUUAUAAUGGUUAUGGAGACGAGGCAACUGCAGCAUAUGGAAGUCAGGGUCAGUUUGGUUACUUUGACAACGGAGCAGGGGUGGCAGACUACCAAGACCUUGGUUACUAUGAGGAAGAAGGACUCUAUAAUACAAAUGCAGAAUAUCAUGAAGGUGGUCUUUAUGAUGAUGGCAUGGGGGACUACUAUGGCCCUUAUGCCGCCGCUCAAGGCUACUGUAAUACACAGGAAGCUAAUUAUCAUGGUAACCAGCAACAACAGGCAAUGGCAAUGUAUGGUGACGAGGGUGUGGACUACUAUGCACUAGUGGGUGAGGACCGUGUGUAUGGUGGAGAUGUAGAUGGUUUCCUUGACCCUCAGGCUCAGGGUUAUUACGAUGAAAAUGGUCAAGGAUUUUACUACGGGGAUGGGCAGGCAGGUUACUAUGAGGACCCUUAUGCAGCAACUGUGGGAAUACAAGGAGGAUUUCCACCAGACUAUCAACUCAGUUAUAAUGAUGCCGGCAUACCCUACCAAGACUUCAGCUCCCAGCAGGCAAUGGGGCUCCCACCAGGGGGCCAGCAGUUCUCUGGCUUUGGAGGGCAAGGGAUGGAUCAGGUACAGGGCCUGUAUGGGGACCAGUAUGCAGACCAGUAUGAUCAAUAUGGGGAUGAUACUGGUGGAGUUCAGGGAGGAGAGAUGACAUUUAGAGUUCCUAGGCCACAAGUGCGCCUGUUUGGGAAAGAGCGUCUAGAUGUGCCCCUGCACCCUCCACCUACUUUGCCACCUGAUCCAGAAUUUGAAGACAUGUCAGAAAUCCAGUAUGAAGACCAGUAUCCUCUGGCACCAGGUCAGCUUGGUGACAUGAUGUCAAUACAGCAGCAAAUGGGAAUGUCACCACAACAACAGAUGAUGAUGAUGUCUCCGCAAGAACAAAUUAUGUUUUCUCAACAACAAACCAUGUUGUCCCCUCAAGACCAAAUGAUGAUGCCCCCACAGAUGAUGUCCCCACAGCAGCAGAUGAUGUCACUGCAGCAACAGAUGAUGUCACCACAGCAGCAGAUGAUGUUACAACAAGAACAAAGUAUGGCCGCCCAAAUGAUGCCAUCACAGUCUCUGAUGCCACAACAGCAACAAAUGAUGUUACCACAGCAACAGAUGAUGCCCCAGCAAAUUAUGUCACCACAGCAGCAGAUGAUUCCACAACAAAUGAUGUCACCACAAGAGCAGAUGAUGUUGCCGCAGCAACAAACGAUGUCUCCGCGAAUGAUUUCACCACAGCAGAUGAUGACAGACCCAAUGAUGAUGUCACAGCAACAGGGUUAUGGCCCAGUGAUCCCUACUCCAACUGCCAUGAUUAUUAAGCAAGCAAAUAUGUCCCCCGGUCCUGCGCGGCGCCUGCAACUCUCUCGGACUCCAUCCCGCCACUCUGUCAUUAUGCCCUCCCCACAGAUGCAGCGCCAUCCUUCUGCCAUGGCCUCCCCAGUACCCUCCCCUAUGCUUCCACAGAGACGCAGCCCCUCCCCACAACCAUCCAUAAGGAGUGGGUUCAUAAAUGCCCAAAGACCUCCCUCUGUUAUGUCGAGACAAAUCUCACCUACCUCCCCCAUGGCCUCCCACCACGCCCAUCAUAGAAUGCAACCUCAGAGAUCACCAUCCCCUAUGGCUCGAGGACCUUCCCCCCCUCACUCUCCCCGUGCCUCCAUGAUCCGGCGAAGUCCUCCACCCUCACCAAGAGCAUCAAUGAGACGGCAUUCUCCACCUUCCUCACCCCGUGCUUCCAUGAGGAGGCGAAGUCCUCCAGCCUCACCCACUACAGCCCGCAGCCCAUUUGGGGGGAGGAAGAUGCAUGGUCCACCCUCCCCUUCCUUCUCCCCUGGUCAUGCAUCUCCCCCUCACUCUCCACAGCUCAGUAGAAGACCAUCUCCCUCUCCCUCCCUAUCUCGUCGCAGUUUGUCCCCUGCAGGACCGCGGCCCGCCCCAUCAUCUCCUACCCUGUCUCGUCGCUCAACUCGCCUGAUCAGGGACCCCACACCAUUGGUCCGGCCCAGGAUGGGGGGAAAUGUUCCUUUAGGUACCGUCAGACCCUCACCUAUGGGUCUCCGAGGGCGCCCAAUGCCCCCACCCACCCAGAAUGUGCGUCCAUUCCGUGCUUCCUCCAUGCGAAGCAAUAGGUCUUCUGUUCUCACUGUAGACUCCUCCUUCUCCCCUUUUCAAUCCCCUCACACGGUACACCGGGCUCCCCAAAGGAGGAGAGAAUCUGGCCGAUUUGGUCCUCGCCCUGUGGCUCGAGGACAUCCUCUCAGGGCCCAGCAGUCUAUAAGAAGGAUGCCUCCUGCCUCUCCACAGCUCUCCCUUAAACACAUGCCACAGCCUGCAUCCCCACGCUUCUCUCCUCGACUUUCUCGUCAGUCCUCCCCAAUUCUGCCCCCUCGAUCUGCCCAUCCACCCACUUAUGCACCAGAAACGUAUGUGUCUGGCACCUAUGCUGAUCCUUAUACUGAGCCGUCGUAUCAGUUUCUUGCCGCCUCUUCUCCCAUAUUAUCUGGUGCUUUGCAGAACCAGGCUAUCAGACAAGCGUCUUUCGCUUCCCCCUUCGGCCCAGAGCCAUCCCAGAUGGUAGACAUGGGUGGGAUGGUUACAGAAUAUGUAGAACCUUAUGCUCCCUUAUCCCCUACGCUAUCUGGUGCAAUGCAAAACCAGGUAAUUCGGGAUGCGUCCUUUGUUUCCUCACUGCAGACACCAAUGUCCCCUUAUGAGCAGCCUAUGGCCCCUUCAUCUGCUAUGCUGUCUCAUGCUCUGCAGAAUCAAGCUAUAUUGGAUGCAUCUUAUGUUUCACCUUUACAAAGGCCAAUGUCCCCUUAUGAACAGCCUAUGCCCCCUUCUUCUCCAAUGCUGUCUGGAGCUUUGCAAAACCAGGCACUGAGAGAAGCCUCCUAUGUGUCUCCACUUCAAAGGCCUCAGUCCCCAUAUGCCUCAUCUGUACCUUCCACUCCAAUGCUGUCUGGAGCCAUGAGACAUGGUCAGGCACUAAGAGGUAUGGCUUCUUAUCAGACUCCACAGAUCCGUUCACCAUAUGGACCAACUCUUGUUACUCCAUAUGAUUACAUCACUGAGCCUGGCCCAUCACCACUUCUUCAUGAUGCCCUGCAGAACCGUUCUCAUUUGCAGAAUGUCUCAUCUUUAAGAUCCCCUAUGAUGCAACGCCGUAACCCUUAUGCACCAGCUGGGCCUCAGCUCCAUAAUGCUCUUCAACAGAACCCAAACUUACGCCAAGCAUCUUAUCGGACACCUGUGCAACUUAGACGGUCCCUAUAUGGACCCCCACCACCCUCUUCACCAAUGUUAGGAAGUGCCCUGCAAAACCAACAGUUGAUGCAGGCAUCGUACCGGCUGCCAGAUGGGACCUUGGUGUCACCGUAUGCGGCUUCACCUUCCUCCCCGUUGCUCGGCAAUGCCUUGCAAAACCAACAACUCCGUGGAGCCUCGUACACCUUGCCCGAUGGAUCAGUUAUCAGGGACCCACGUAUCCCCCAGAAGCCCAUGUCUCCUAACCUUUCAAGAGCACUUCAGAACCAGAAUGUCAAGACGGCUACAUAUACUCUCCCCGAUGGCACCAUUAUAGACCCGAGACAGCAACAACCCAUUUCCCCAAACCUGGCUAAGGCACUAAGCAACCGAGCUCUGCGCGAAGCCUCCUAUUCUCUCCCCGAUGGUACCAUUGUGAUUGACUCCAAGAAACCGAAGUCUCCGAACCUUUCAGCAGCACUUCAGAACCCGUACCUAAAAAUUGCAUCUUACACCCUGCCCGAUGGUACAAUCAUCAUUGAUCCACGGAAACCUAUCUCUCCAAACCUCUCCGGCGCCCUUCAAAACUCUGCUCUGCGGAACACUUCCUUCGCACUACCGGAAGGGGUCCAUGACCCCAACAGACCCAUUUCACCCAACCUGGCUAAGGCCCUCGGUAACCCAGCCUUGAAAGGAGCUGCAUACACCCUCCCAGAUGGAACUAUUAUAGUGGACCCGAGGAAACCAAAGAGCCCCAACCUGGCUGCCGCCCUGCAUAAUCCUUAUCUUAAGGGUGUGUCCUUAACCCUGCCUGAUGGAACCAUCAUCAUUGACCCACGAAAACCAGUUGGCCCUAACCUGUCUAGAGCUCUUAUGAAUGAGAACCUUCGUAGUGCAUCAUACCAGCUCCCUGAUGGCUCCCUGGUUAUCCCUGGCCAGAAGCCCUCCACUCCCAACCUUUCAGCCGCGCUGAGGCAAAACCAGGCACUUCGGUCUGCAGGUCUCUAUCAUCUCACAGAUAACUCUGUACUGUCAGGCUCACCCAAACCCAAACCUCCCAAUCUUGGCUCUGCGCUGCGGAAUGACGAACUCCGUGAUGUCAAAUACAGGCUGCCUGAUGGCUCUUUCCUCACACGCCAGUUCCACAUCCCGAGACUGUCUGAAGCCGUCCAAAACCAGCAGCUUCGCUAUGCCUCAUACAGGGUGCCAACAGGCCUGCAGGGUGAGGAUAAUCGCUAUGCUGUGGUUCCACCCUAUGGGCCAAGCUCAGGACAUUGGGCCAGAAAUGCCGGAGGUGGAGGGCAAGGAGGGGAAGAUGUUUGGGCAGCUGAGAGGGUUUUACCACAUGGGACGGUCCAGAAUCUGUCAAAGUGGUCCAUGUACAGAGAAGCCGGGGUAUUAGAGGGAUAUUUGCCCUCACCUCGACUGGUGGACGGACAGAUCCAGGACACAAACUGGACUCCUGACAGAGAGAGAGUACCUGGUCAAAGCUGGUAUGACAAGAUCUACUCCUUCCUAAGCAUGCCCACAACAGGCCACAGGGUGAAAAGCUGGGCGGAGGGAAUGGAGGACAUGACACAGCUGCCUGAGCUGAAUGAGACCACAGUUCUGAUGAACCUGAAGAAGCGCUUCGACCAGGAACUUGCAUAUACCUACAUCGGCAGCAUCCUCGUAUCUGUGAAUCCCUACAAGUUGCUCAACAUUUAUGGCACAGACAUGGUGCUUCAAUAUGAAGGUCGCGGCCUGAGUGAAAACCCUCCUCAUCUUUUUGCCAUUGCUAGUCUCUCAUAUACCACCAUGAUGGAUGCCAAAAAGGACCAGUGUAUUGUGAUCAGCGGUGAAAGUGGGUCAGGAAAGACUGAAGCUACUAAACUGAUCCUGCGAUACUUGACAGCCAUACAUCACAAAUGCAACGUCACACAACAGAUAGAGAUCCUUGAGGCCACGCCCCUUUUGGAGUCUUUUGGGAAUGCCAAAACAGUGCGCAAUGACAACUCUUCACGCUUUGGCAAAUACACGCAGAUCUACAUGGAGGAAGGUGUAAUCAGCGGUGCCAUAACGUCUCAGUACCUGUUGGAGAAGUCUCGCAUCGUCUUUCAGGCCAAAUCGGAGAGGAACUAUCACAUCUUCUAUGAGAUGUUGGCAGGUCUUCCUCCUCAUGAAAAGCGCUCACUGUAUCUGCAGGAAGCUGAGACUUACUACUAUCUGAAUCAGGGAGGAGAUUGUACCAUAGAGGGAAAGGAUGACGGGGAGGACUUCAGGCGUCUGCUGAGUGCCAUGGACAUCCUGUGUUUUACCCCAGAGGAGCAAACUAGCAUCUACAGACUGCUGUCCUCUGUCCUUCAUCUGGGGAACGUCUACUUCCAGCCACACCAGGCUGAGGGUCAGGAGGUUGCGUCGGUGGUGAGCGCGCAGGAGAUCAGGGUGGUCGCUGAGCUGCUGCAGGUCUCACCUGAGGGCCUGCAGAAGUCUGUCACCUUCAAACUGACAGAUACAAUAAGGGAGAAGAUCUUCACUCCGCUCACAGUGGAGAGUGCUGUGGAUGCCAGAGAUGCCGUUGCCAAGAUCCUCUACUCGCUGCUGUUUAGUUGGCUGACAGAGCGCAUCAAUGGACGGGUCUACCCUCGCAACGAAGCCCUCUCCGUCUCCAUAUUGGACAUCUAUGGAUUCGAGGAGCUACAGGUGAACAGUUUUGAGCAGCUGUGCAUCAACUACGCCAAUGAAACUUUGCAGUUCUUCUUUAACAGGGUCGUCUUCCAGGAGGAGCAGGAGGAGUACAUGCGGGAGCAGAUCAAGUGGCAGCAGCAGCCCUUCAGCCACAACCAGGCCUGUCUCGACCUCAUCGCUGCUAAGCCUCAUGGGAUACUGCGCAUACUGGACGACCAGUGCGCUUUCCCUCAGGCAACAGACCACACCUUCCUUCAGAAGUGCCACUAUCACCAUGGAAACAACCCGCUGUAUGCAAGGCCAAAGAUGCCACUGCCAGAGUUCACCCUGAAACACUUUGCUGGGAAAGUCACGUACCAGGUGCACAAAUUCUUGGAUAAGAACUUCGACAUGGUUCGCCAGGAUGUUUUAGACCUCUUCAUCCAGAGCAAGAACAGAAUGGUAUCCAGCCUCUUUUUAAAGCAUUCAGAGUCUGCGUCUAACGUGCGGCGCAGCAGCGCGGCUCGCCGUCAUCAGGCCAACACGGUCAGCGCAAAGUUCCAGAGCAGCCUGCAGGAGCUUCUGGAGAAGAUGGAAAGGUGUAACCCUUAUUUUGUGCGAUGCAUCAAGCCAAACCAUCAUAAGGAGCCAGGAGGGUUUGACAUGGAGCUGGUCAACACUCAGCUGCAUUACUCUGGCAUCAUGGAGACCAUCCUCAUCAGGAAAGAGGGUUAUCCAAUCAGAAUGCACUUUCACCGCUUCCUGACAAGGUACAAAGCCCUGCUCUGCCUGAAGGAUCCUCCACCUGCAGACGGAGAAAACUGUGUCAUCAUGCUCCACAAGCUCGGUCCGGUCAAGAACGGCUCAUAUCAGCUGGGAGUCAGUAAGAUGUUCUUGAAAGAGGAGCUGUAUCAGUUGUUGGAGGGGAAGCGCGACCGCUUGCUGAACAUCGCCGCCAUGACACUGCAGAGAUACACCCGAGCAUGUUUUGUCCAAAAGAAUUUUUCCAAGAUGCGGCGGUGUAUGAUCAGGUUUGAAACUCGCUGCAGAGGCUACCUGGCCAGAAAAAAGUUUGCUCUGAGGAGGAAGUACCUCAUCAGGCUCCGCUCCGUCGUGCUGCUCAUCGUCAACCGCCAGCGUUACAUGAGGACAGUGGUGGAGCCUGCAAGGAAGGCAGAGGAGGAUCGCAUCAACAGAGAGGUGGUGAAUGUGACAACGCUGCUUAUCCCUGCUGAGCUGGCAGUUCUGCUGCAGGCGGCCUCAGCCCCGCUGGAGAGUUCACUGAUUCGAAUGGAUGAGGAGCUAAAGCAAGGAGCUCUGAACGUUUUCAUUCUGAUACUAAGAUUCAUGGGUGACCCAAACUUGAAUGGGGCUCAGGAGAAUCUGUUUGGGAACUACAUCAUCCAGAGAGGACUUGCCAACCCCAGCCUCCGAGAUGAGAUCAUGGCUCAGGUAGCCAAUCAGGUGUGGAGGAAUCCUAACAUGUUGAAUUCAGAGCGUGGUUGGCUCCUCCUGUCCUCCUGUCUCUCUGCCUUCCUGCCCUCUCAAAGGCUGGCCAAGUACUUGCUGAAGUUUGUGUCUGACUACGGGCCGGAGGGCUACGACUGUGUGUGUCAGCACCGUCUGCUUCAAGCUCUGCAGCGGCUGAACGUCGGGCCAGAGUAUGUCCGGACGUACCCACCCUGUCUGCUAGAGUGGACCGCCAAUCGCAAGAGAGCUCACACCGUUCUGCACAUACACUGUUUCGAUGGUGUAUCCUUCUUGUGUCCUCUACACUCCUGGACAACAGGAGAAGAAAUGGCCAAAGACAUCUUACAACACAGGGGCAUGGUGGAUGGCCGUCGAGGCUGGUCGGUGCUGCUGAAGGAGCCGGCUCAGUGGGUGGAGCUGGAGGGCUCAGACUACGUUCUGGACUUGAUGUCGGACCUGGAGCUUCCUGCUGACUUCCCCAAACACAGCAGCUACUUCAUCAUCUCUGCACAGGAACCGACCAGAGUGCGGCCCAAUGCCAGCAUAAGCCUGUUGGGUGGUGGGUUUGACAUGAAAGAUGAUUUCAUGUCUUCAUUCUUACCUGGCUCUGACGGACAAGACUUGGAGCCUCAGAGAGGGAUGGAUCGUUAUCUCGACAGCCUGUUUGACCCUGUACUGUCUGAGGGACCUGGAGAAGUGGAAUCAGCUGCAGGACUGUCCAGCAGGAUGAAGGGAGCUGGGGGAGUCGGAGGGGGGUGGCAACAGCAAGGGCAGUCAACCGGCCCCCCACCUCCACCUGGGGCUGUGAGAGUCCUUCCCGUGGGAGGCGUGAUGUCACCUCCUCUUGGUGCUGUGGCACCUGUAACACCUGAUGCCCAGCAGGCUGUUUUGGCGCAGCAGCAGCAGGCGAUCGUGAACCAGCAGGCCGUCAUCAUGGCCCAGCAGAUGACCAUGCAGGCCAUGGCCAUUAUCAGCAGCCCAAUGACGAGCCCCCCCACCUCCCCGAUCAUGAGCCCUCCCAUGAGCCCCCUGCUCCACCACCCUCCCAGCCCGUACGCCCCCGACAGCCCCUACGCUGUCAUACCCCCGAGUCCGUACGCCAACAUCCCACCCAGCCCCUACGCCAACUUCACUCCCACUCCCUAUGCUGCAGCAGACAUCCCACCCAGGCACCCCUAUCCUCCCUCUGCUCGACCGGAACAAACUCCAUCGCAGCUUCAAGCUCAGCCUCCCGCGGAGCCCCGGACUCAGCCCGCAGCUCGGCCUCACCCUCAGUCGAGCUACACCAAAACUAACAACACUGAGCCAGCGCAGCCUCAAGCGAACGCUGCUGCACGGGUUCAGUCAGGUAAGGACAGCGUUCCUCGGAGGAAGGCUCCAGGCGUCCCCAUAAACAAGGACACACCAGUCAGAAAGUUUGCCCCAGUGGUGACGUCUCCUCCGCCCCCUGCUGGAGAGGUGGUGAAGUACUCGGCUCGGACUUCAGAUUACAUCGUCCCCAGCCAAGAUAUACAAGACAUCAUCAAAAGGUACAACUCUCCGCCUCCACCGGGAGACCUGCUGCUACAUGAGAAGAGGAGACUAGAGGGGAAGUUUAGGACGAAGCAAACCCCUCGUGAUGAAGCUUUACAGAUCCUCAAACCGCAGAUGGACAACCCUCCUGCUCCACAGCCUAAACGUCCUGCUGUCCCCCCACCAUCUGCGUCUGCAAUGAAGGAGGCGGGAUUCAAACCCACCAAGAGCACAAAGACAAAAGCUCCUGGUCGUCCUCUCCCUUUACCCCCUCGAGUUUCUCGAGAGCUUCCUGUAGAGACUGAAACCGUCCAGACACAGCUUCAUCAGAGAACCAAUGAGGAGCACUACACCUACACCAAUGUUCCCUGGAGAUUGUACCUCAGGAAGGAGGUUUUUUAUCCCAAAGACAGCUUCAACAAUCCUCUGGUGCUAGACCUCAUUUUCAAACAGAUCGUGAACGACACUCUGUCAGAGGCGUGUGUUCGCAUCACCCGGGAUGAAAGGCAGAAAAUGAAGGCUCUUUUGGCUAAACACAGGGUUGAACAGAAUAUGGACCCGGUGGAGGAGCAUGUGAAGAAAACAAUCGUGUCGGCUGCCAGAGAAACCUGGGAAAUAUACUUCUCCCGUCUGUUCCCUGCAUCGGGUAGUGUAGGAACAGGUGUGCAGGUGUUGUCGGUGUCCCACAGCGGUAUAAAGCUGUUAAAGACCGUAAAAAGCAGCGCUGCCGCUCCAGACUACUUCAGAGUCCUUCGACCCUACACCUACGCAGACAUCCUGUUUGUAACCAUCCCGUCUGAAAACAUGCUGGAGUUCAAUCUGACCAACGAGAAACUGAUCCUGUUCUCAGCCAAGGCACCGCAAGUCAAACAUCUCAUAGACACCUUCAUCAAUGAGAUCAAAAAGGACUCAGAUUAUGUGAUAGCAGAGCGAAACUUUGUGACAGACGACCGCUCGAUGCUCAAUUUCCACAAAGGCGACGUCAUCAGGCUGCAGGUUAUGGACGGGCUGGAGAAGGGCUACAGCUAUGGCUGUGUGGUGAGGAAGAAGUUGGUGUUUUUGGAGGAUCUGAAAAGAGACACUCAAGACUUUGGUUGGAAGUUUGGUGCCGUGUUUGGCCGCUCCGGUGGGUUCCCGGCCGACUGCGUCCAUCCCGUCGCUCCUCCCGACUUCCUGUCGCUGCCACUGGACCGCACGACCGAGCCUCGAGGAGGAGCGGGACAGUUCGCCGUGUCAUCAGCCAUCGCUGUGGCCGUGGCGUCCACCAUGGCUGCGCAUGAGAUAGAUCAAACGAUUGAGAAGGUUUCUCUUGACUGCUUUGCUGAAGGAGAUCUGGAUGAGAGGGCCCUGCAGGAUAGUCAGUAUGACAUGUUGGAGUUCGCCAAGAAGUUCUUCAGACAGAGAACCAACGGGAAGGGUGAUUCCCUGAAAAACAACAGUAAGAACAGAGACUCCAGAGAGCCCACUGAAAUGAUCAAGUUCUCCAAGACUCCUCUGACUGAGUCUCUGAUAGAGUUCACGGAUCCAGCCAUGAACAGAGUGGCAGCUGAUCUCUUCCUGUCGAUGAUGCGUUUCAUGGGUGACUCUCCAUCAAGGGGAUUGACAGAACAGGAAGUGGUCAACACUGUCCUCAAGCUCAUAGGAGAGUUCACCUUGAUGAGGGAUGAGGCUUACUGCCAACUUCUCAAACAGCUUACGGCUAACACCAGCUCCAAACCUGAUAGUUGCCAACGAGGCUGGAGGCUGCUGUACAUCCUGACCGCUUUCCAUCGCUGCUCUGAAGUCCUCAAGCCCUUCCUGCUGAAGAACCUGCAGCAGGCUUCUCGCAGCGCCGGCGUGCAGUAUCAGGGCAUCGCUAAAGCGUGUGAGCAGAACCUGAAGAAGACGUUCCAGUACGGCGGCCGCAUUGUUCCACCCAACAGCAUGGAGCUGAAGGCUGUGGUGGCGGGACGUAGUUCAAAACGUCAGCUGUUUCUGUUUCCUGGAGGCAUCGAACGUCAUGUGAAAAUCAAAACCUGCUCCGUUGCCCUGGAGGUGAUUGAGGAGCUGUGUUAUGAGAUGGGUUUGCACAAAUUGGAGGCCAUGGAAGAAUAUGCCAUAUUUUUAGUCACCAAUAGAGGUCAGAAUGUGCGGCCUCUGAACAAACACGAGUACAUCCUGGAUGUCGCGACAGAGGCCGAGGUCGUCGACACCAACUACAGCUUCUGGUUCAGACGAGUCGUCUGGACUCAACCGCUCAAGUUUGAGAAUGAGCUCUGUGUUGCCAUGCACUAUAACCAGAUCCUGCCGGACUACCGUAAAGGCCUGCUUAAUGUUCUUACACAUGGAAAAGUGAGCGAUCAACAGUUCCACCAGAUCUCCAAACUGGCAGCUUUGCAGCACAGAGCCAAAGACAUCGUCUUCAUCCCCAGCAUACAUGAACUAUCAGAGUACAUCGCCACACCCCUGUUCAAGAAGCAGCCCCCUCAGCAGUGGGUUACCAUGGUCACGCAGCACAUGCAGCAAGUGCAGACCCUGAACCCGCACCAGGCCAGAGCACAGUUUAUGGGGCUGAUCAGUGCAUUCCCCAUGUUCGGCUCCUCGUUCUUCUACGUCCAAAGCAGCAGCUCCACCACCUUCUACGCCCCCUGCAUCAUUGCUGUCAACCAACAUGGCCUCCACUUCCUGCACAAAAAUACACACGAGCUGAUGGCAGUGGUCCCCCUGGUGGAGGUGCAGUCCAGCCGCACCCAGAGGCCCACUGCUGGAACGAGUUACCCGUAUGUAGACCUGACCCUGGGGGACAUGAACACACAGCGGGUCAUUCAGCUACAGCUGGAGCAGGGCCUGGAGUUGUGUCGAGUCAUCGCCAUGCAGGUGGAAAACAUGAUGUCCGUGAGGGAGAGGCGACUCACCCUGCCACCCAGCGAAAUCACCAUGUUAUAGCACAUGCCUUAUUGUACACGCACACAGUCGUAUGUACACACUAAUGUAGAUGAAACCCUUAUAAAUAGCCUAUCUCUUCUUGCCUUCAGGCAUUCUAAUAUUAUAUGUGAAUGCAUAAGUGUACCCUGAAGUCUAUUAUACUGCAUUAACUG